UAACCACUACUUAUUCUUAAUUCAAUUCGUCAGGAACGGCUGAGUUUGAAAACUACUGCUCGACAUCUUUCAUUUAAUCUGAGUUCCAAUCAGUAAUGCAAGUAUUAUAUAUAGAUAGAAAAUGUAGGUAUUAGAUCCGAAAUCAGAUGAGACCGCUUGAAUGAUAAUCAUUUUACUGACAGCUGAUGUGCCUGGACUUGCCUGAUCGAAUAUUUUUGCGCGCAGGGUCAGAACAGUCUGGAGUCUGGACUCUGGACUGCUGGAUUUAAAGCCACCAGUGCCUCUGUUGUUUGCAUCGAUAACUAGCUAGCAGUCAGUCAAUUCCUAGUCGCUCAAUAAUAUAUAAACACGUGCGGUGCAGGUUAAGGCCAGUACUUAGUCGAAGGCCAUAUGACGUAUGAUUUAUAGUAUUUUUUAUUAAACAAUAUAAUGUGACAACGUUCAAAAAGUCGUCAAAUUGAAUUCCAAUUUUUAUCGCAUACUUGGAAUCUUACAAAUUUCUAGUGGCACCCUUGCACUUGCUAAGUGUAAACAUUCAUUUUUAAAAUUUCAUUUUCGUUCACAUCAUCAUGGUCGUCACAAUCAGUAAUGAACAAAUUGUUGCUAUGGGCAAUAUUUUAAAUGAUAAAACAAAACCAUUAAAUGAAAGAUUUCGUGCUCUGUUUACUUUAAAAAAUAUAAAAGAGGCAAAAUCAGUGGAACAAAUCAUUAAAUGUUUUGAUGACCCAUCUUCUCUAUUGAAACAUGAACUUGCUUAUGUUUUGGGACAAAUGCAACUUGAUGAAGCCAUUCCAAAAUUGAUUGAAGUUCUUAAAGACACAAAGCAAGAGGCAAUGGUUCGCCAUGAAGCAGGAGAGGCACUGGGAGCAAUUGGCAAUAGCAGUGUAAUACCUGUUUUAGAAGAAUACAGCAAAGAUCCUGUUGUAGAAGUUGCAGAAACAUGUCAGAUUGCUCUUAAUAAAAUAAAUUAUUCAAAAACUGGAAAUGAUGAACAGUAUCUUAAUGAUAAUUACAAAACUGUUGAUCCAGCACCUCCAUCUGGGUUAAAAGAUAUUAAUGAAUUGACUCGAAUAUUGCUAGAUGAAAACGAAACAUUGUUCAACAGAUAUAGAGCGAUGUUUAAUUUAAGAAAUAUUAAAAGUAAUGAUAGUGCCCUUGCUUUGUCAAAAGGUCUAAAAGCAAGUAGUGCAUUAUUCAGACAUGAAAUAGCUUUUGUUUUGGGUCAAUUAAAAGAAGAAAUCACUGCUCCAGCUUUAGAAGAAAAUCUAGCAGAUCCAAAUGAAAAUGAAAUGGUUCGACACGAGUGCGCCGAAGCUUUGGGAGCUAUAGCUUCACCUUACUGCUGGGAAGUUUUGAAAAAAUACGUGAAAGACGAAGCGCGAGUAGUGCGCGAAAGUUGCCUUGUAGCAUUGGACAUAUGUGAACACGAAAAUAAUGGAGAAUUUCAAUAUGCAAACGGUCUAUCGCAAAUCAUAUCGUCAUGAAAAAUUCAUUGUUACACUAGUAAAAGCAAGGAUAAUUUCGAAAACAAAAAUAAUUAUAUUAAUAAUAAGAAUAAAGUCAAUUUUACAUGAAACAAAAAAUUGGAAAAAAUGAAGGUGCUGGUCAUUUUUACUCUAAAGAACGUUGUGUAUCGCUGUACAAACUGUCGGAAUUUUAUUCUCUAAACUGGAUACAUUUCACCGCAACCACUCAUUAAUGUUCGGGUCAACGACGCGGCAGUAAUGAAUAUACGCAUAUAGCAGGCAAUCAUAAAAAUGCCCAGUCCAUUUUCCGCAGGCAAAAUAUCAUAUAUCAUUUGGUUCUUUCAGUAUCCGUGCACUUGUUACCACAUUUUCAUCCACAUAAGUCGACUCUUUUUUCUCUCUCAUUUUGUUCUCACGUGCAGAAAUGUUUCUGCAAGUGUAAUGUUUUAUUGCCACGUACAUCAAACGAGAACGUCAAUAGCGAUUGUUGCAUCGCUCGCUCACAGCUUGCAUGAGUGUAUAUAAUAAUAAAUACGAAUAUAUUUACACUUU